AUGACUGCGGACGCGAAGCGACGUCCGAAGCGCAAGCGUGUGCGCAAAUCGCGCACCGCAGUAGUAAGCUCUUCUGACAGCUCUUCCUCCGACGAAUCCGCUGCGCCAACGCUGGCAAAGUCGAGUGCGCCUGCACGAGGCGGCGACGAUUCCGACGCAAGCGUUGGUUUUGACGAAGAGUCUAAUGAGCACGAUGUGCAGGUACUGGACGAUGCCGUACUGGAAGAGGGACUGGAACCGCCUACAUUGCACCUUUCGUUUGACGAGGGGCCCGAAACGUCGCGCCGCAAUACCACGAAAAGGCUGGCCGAUGACCAGAUGGCCAUGUUGACGACAGAGUCGAUCUCGGAGCAGCUGCAGCAAAAACAGCGCAAUACGUUUAGGACACUAUGGAUGCAAGCAGUGACGGAAGAGUUUGGCGAUGAGCUGGAUGCGAUGCGUCAGGACGAUCCGCGGCUCAGCACAGAAACGACGACGACCAGCAGUGCUACCUCGCGACUCCCUUUACUUAUCGAUGCCUUGUCUUUUGGUAGCGAGGUAUUCCCCGGUGCACAAGAUACAGCAGGUCCCGGUAGCCAGGCCGUGGAUGAAGUAGCGCUCGCAUUGCCGGCAUAA